AUGGCAGGUACACGUCCCCAGAGUCCCCAGAGUCCCCAGAGUCCCCAGCGUCCCCAGCAUCCCCAGAGUCCCCAGAGUCCCCAGAGUCCCCAGAGUCCCCAGAGUCCCCAGCGUACGCAGAGUCCCCAGAGUCCCCAGCGUACGCAGAGUCCCCAGAGUCCCCAGAGUCCCCAGAGUCCCCAGAGUCCCCAGCGUCCCCAGAGUCCCCAGCGUCCCCAGAGUCCCCAGCGUACGCAGAGUCCCCAGAGUCCCCAGAGUCCCCAGCAGUCCCCAGAGUCCCCAGCGUACGCAGAGUCCCCAGAGUCCCCAGAGUCCCCAGCGUACGCAGAGUCCCCAGAGUCCCCAGCGUACGCAAAGUCCCCAGCGUCCCCAGAGUCCCCAGCGUACGCAGAGUCCCCAGAGUCCCCAGAGUCCCCAGCGUCCCCAGCAUCCCCAGAGUCCCCAGCGUACGCAGCGUCCCCAGAGUCCCCAGAGUCCCCAGCGUACGCAGAGUCCCCAGCGUCCCCAGAGUCCCCAGAGGCCCCAGCGUACGCAGAGUCCCCAGCGUCCCCAGCAUCCCCAGAGUCCCCAGCGUACGCAGCGUCCCCAGAGUCCCCAGAGUCCCCAGCGUACGCAGAGUCCCCAGCGUCCCCAGAGUCCCCAGCGUACGCAGAGUCCCCAGAGUCCCCAGAGUCCCCAGCGUCCCCAGAGUCCCCAGUCCCCAGAGUCUCCAGUGUCCCCAGAGUCCCCAGUCCCCAGCGUCCCCAGAGUCUCCAGUGUCCCCAGCGUCCCCAGAUUCCCCAGAUUCCCCAGUCCCCAGAGUCUCCAGUGUCCCCAGCGUCCCCAGAUUCCCCAGAUUCCCCAGUCCCCAGAGUCUCCAGUGUCCCCAGAGUCCCCAGCGUCCCCAGAGUCUCCAGUGUCCCCAGAGUCCCCAGAUUCCCCAGUCCCCAGAGUCUCCAGUGUCCCCAGAGUCCCCAGAGUCCCCAGCGUCCCCAGAAUCCCCAGAGUCCCCAGUCCCCAGAGUCUCCAGUGUCCCCAGAGUCCCCAACGUCCCCAGAUUCCCCAGAGUCCCCAGUCCCCAGAGUCCUCAGAGUCCCCAGUAUCCCCAGCGUCCCCAGAUUCCCCAGAGUCUCCAGUGUCCCCAGAGUCCCCAGAGUCCCCAGCGUCCCCAGAUUCCCCAGAGUCCCCAGUCCCCAGAGUCUCCAGUGUCCCCAGAGUCCCCAGCGUCCCCAGAUUCCCCAGUCCCCAGCGUUCCUAGAGUCCCCAGUGUCCCCUGAGUCCCCAGUGUAA